GGCAGGACUGAAAAUACACAACAUUCUCAAUUCAAGAUAAACGGUUACACUUAAACGGAGAUUACACUCAACAUCAACUGUGACGUUAAGUUGAUUUAAGCUUCGGACACCCAGUGCAUCUUCACGAGCUGUUUGAAGACAGCACCCUUCAUCUUCCAGAAGUCAUCACACCUCCAAGAAACCCUCAGCUGGUGGCCCGUCUCGAAAAAAUUAAAGCAAAACUGGCCAAUGAAGAAUAUAAGAGAAUAACACGGAACGUAAAUCCACAGGAAAUGAAUCAACAUGGAACUUUAGCAGACUUUGGAAGACAAGUACGCUCCGUGAAGGCUGUUGUUGUUACUGUAUUCAAUUUCCUGGUAACUGUAAUUGCAGCAUUUGCCUGUUCAUAUCUGGGCAGCCAGUAUAUCUUCACUGAGACGACAGCAAGAGUAAUAGCUGCCGUUAUUGCAGCAUCUGUUGUCGGCCUUGCUGAGCUCUAUGUUCUGGUCCGGACUAUGGAAGGAGAUCUUGGAGAGCCCUAAUAGUGACUAAUAUUAUUAAAUAUUUCCAGUUUUUGUUGUUGUUAACUUGUUUCACCAUACAACUGUUUUAGUUUCUUGUUUUCUUCCGAAUCAAAACCCUGCAGCUUAACAAAUCAAUCUUGAUCUAAAAAUUUUAUCUAAAAGAUCACAUUUAUUAGUAAAAUAAAUUACACACACACACACCAGACUAUACAUUAUUCAUAUUACUGUCUAGUUUUUCCACAAUUCUAGUGUUUGUAUUUAUUUUUUAUUCCUUCAUGGACAUUAUUUCUUUAAAGCGACAUGAUUGUAAAUGAUUUGUGCUUGGAUGUUUAUUGUGACUGACUCCCUAGAAGUAGUGUGGAAAAAUGUGAUUAAUAAAAUAAUAAAAGAAUAAAAGAAUGCUUAAGUCAACAGCAUUUAAAAGAAAAAA